UCCAGGCUUUGCGGGGUGAAGGUCUUGGACAGUUGGGAGUUUGGGCCUCUGGGUGGGAGCGGUCUGCUGGAGGCCGGGGAGGAGGGGCAUCAGAGAGUUAGGUGGAACCAGGCGAGGGUGUCCCCUGGAAGCCAGGAGAAGCCGGAGGAGAGUCCAUCUCAAGAAUUAAUACUAUAAAGAAAACCUGAUGGGACUUUUCCAGAUUGUCACCAGCCGAUUAUUUUCCCAACUGUAUUGUGGAUUGAAGUCUCCAGUUGCCACAGGAACCAAAAUUUGCCUAACCAUGGCUCGUCCAAGUUCAAAUAUGGCCGAUUUUCGGAAACUUUUUGCAAAAGCAAACCACAUAGUCAUCAUUUCAGGGGCUGGCAUUAGUGCUGAAAGUGGGAUUCCAACUUUCAGAGGAUCCGGAGGUUAUUGGAGGAAGUGGCAAUCUCAGGCCCUGGCCACUCCGGAGGCCUUUGCCAAACACCCGUCCCUGGUGUGGGAGUUCUACCACUACCGGCGGGAAGUCAUACAGCGCGUGGAGCCAAACCCCGGGCACCUCGCCAUCGCCGAGUGUGAGGCCCGGCUGCGUGAGCAGGGCCGCCGGGUCAUGGUCAUCACCCAAAACAUCGAUGAGCUGCACCGCAGGGCUGGUACCAAGAACCUUCUGGAAAUCCAUGGUAGCAUAUUCAAAACUCUGUGUACCUCUUGUGCGACUGUGGCUGAGAAUUACAAGAGUCCAAUUUGUGAAGCUCUUGCAGGAAAAGGUGCUCCAGAUCCCGAAACACAAGAUGCCAGCAUCCCAUUGGAAAAACUUCCCCGGUGUGAAGAGGCAGGCUGCGGGGGCCUGCUGCGACCUUACGUUGUGUGGUUUGGAGAAAACCUGGACCCUGCCAUUCUGGAGGAGGUUGACAGAGAGCUGGCCCUCUGUGACUUAUGUCUAGUGGUGGGAACUUCCUCCGUGGUUUAUCCUGCCGCCAUGUUUGCCCCCCAGGUAUCUGCCAGGGGUGUACCAGUGGCAGAAUUUAACAUGGAAACCACUCAAGCCACUAACAAAUUCAGGUUUCAUUUCCAGGGGCUCUGUGGGAGGAUCCUUCCUGAAGCCCUGGCUCCUCAUGCAGAUGAGAAGGUUUCCUAAUUGCCCUGGGGAAGGGAGAGAUUGUAGUACAUCUGAGUACCAGGCCACAAACAGAUAACGCACAGUCUUGUGGAUGGGGAGCUGAAUAUUGGAAGAUCUAAAAAUAUUCUCUGAUUUCCUGGCUGGGAUCCAAACUGUUGAUAAGUGGUAGGGGCCUUAGAGGUAACAGUAGCAAAUAUAAUUACAAGAAGUCAGAGAACUGUAAAGUUAAUGCAUGUUAUUUGGUUUGAACUUAAACAUAACAUACCUCUGA